AUGCUCGCUGAUAGCAGUGGCGUGAUGAUUGGAGAGGACGUUUUAUCCACUGAUUCAUCAUAUGCAACUUCUCCUCUCACAAUAUCAUCGAGUUCUCCCUCUACUUCUAUAUCGCAUUCAUCAACAUCUGGAAAUCAACAAGAAACAGGCAUUCUCAACUUUUUCCGCCGUCGAAGUUGGUUUGGAUUUGGUGGAACUGCUGAGGAAUUGAAGAAAAAGCGAGAUACGGACACUGUAAAUGAAAUUAUGAAGUGCUUCCGGAAUAACGAUGUUGUUGGCAUGGAGAAAUUCAUUCAAAAUGAAACCAAGAACUUUGAGAGCAAUUCUGAAGCACUGAAGACGAGUGAUGAAUCAUCAAUGUGGUGGGAUGAUGAAGGGGUUUUUCCUCGAAAAUCUGAAUUGAGAGAAGUUCCAUUUUGUAAAAAUACUCCACACCCCAAGAAGGGCGUUUCAAAGUUGCCUCCUCGAGUUCUGAAAGCUGUUCGUUUCGAUGUCGAAAAUACUCCGGAAGAUCGAGAAAAUCGACCAUUCACUCCUCUAUUCACAAGCACACCAAAGCAUCCUGACAUUGGAAGUGAUAGUGAAGAUGAACUGAGGCCAUUGAGAGAAUGCGACUCCAACACGGUUCUUCCGCCAACCUCUGUUCUCAAUAACACAUCGUCAAUCCUACUUGCGAACACUUCAGUUAUGAUGAGCCUGAACAAGUGUCGUCAGGAAACAAUGGACGCUCUUUGCCGUGCAUUUGACAAGAAUUCCUACAAAAUCUGCUACGACGACACAGAUGAGGAGGAAGUGGAAGAAUGCAAAGAAGGAGAAGAAGCACCGACAUCUCCUCGUGUAACUUUUGUUGUGGAGAAGGAAGAUUCUGAACCGAGCAACAAGACUGUUGGUACUAGAGAUCAAAGUUUCGACACGAUGGAUACAUCCACUGAUUCAAGCAUCAUUCUCAAUCUAGAUUGCAUUGACAACUACAUUCAGCGGCUCGAUGAUGAAAUUGCUGCGGCACAUAGAUUUGCACGCGAAAAAGAUAUGGAAAGAGCGAAAGGGGCUCUGCUUCAGGCUCGAAAUCUUCAGGAACGCUUUGGACAAAUGAAUGAAGCUAUUAAUGACAUGUGCAGCAAACUUCCUGAAAUUUUGGACCAUAUUGAAGAUCACAAAAGUCAACAAAACAUCUCGAGUGUUUUCGAAGAUUCGCAAUGGAGAGAGCACCUAGGAUCGGAAGCUGGCAGUUUCGACUUGAGUGUGCUUUGA